AACUGAGAAACCCAUAUAUAUAUGUAUAGAAUGAUAUUAUCAUGUGAAAUAUAUACACAUAUAUAUGUCGAUAUUCAAGCUUUGGGGAGCUAAAAUCCGAAUUCAGAUUGAUUUUCAGGGUUUGGGUUUCUUUGAUUAAUGGGGCUUUGUUGUAGCACCGCUGAGAAAACGCCGUGCCAACGUAAACAUGGCAAAUCUCCCAAGAGGAGUCCAGAAAGAAUCCCAGCAACGCAGAGAUCAAAUGAAACUCAAACUCAAACCGUAUUUCCUUCGACAUCCGUCAAGGAUCUCAAAGAUCUACGGCAGAAUCCCAGUUACAGCAAUGUUAGCAUCUUCACAUAUGAGGAGACAAAACUGGCUACCAAGGAAUUCCGGCCAGACCAUAUCGUCGGUGAAGGGGGUUUCGGGGUCGUUUAUAAAGGAGUCAUAGACGAGAAUGUGAGGCCUGGUUUCCCAUAUACAGCAGUUGCCGUUAAAGAGCUUAAUCGUGAUGGGUUCCAAGGGGAUAGAGAAUGGCUGACUGAAGUGAACUACUUAGGGCAACUCAGGCAUCCAAAUCUUGUGAAGCUCAUAGGCUAUUGUUGUGAAGAUGACCAACGGUUGCUUGUUUAUGAAUACAUGGCAAGUGGGAGCGUCGAAAGACAUCUCUUUCGCAGAUCUGAUUGUACAUUGACUUGGUCGAAAAGAAUGAAGAUUGCUCUAGAUGCGGCAAAAGGGCUUGCUUUCCUUCAUGGUGCCGAAACACCCGUCAUAUACCGCGACUUCAAGACGGCCAACAUCUUGCUCGAUGAGGACUUCAAUGCAAAGCUGUCGGAUUUCGGACUCGCAAAGGAUGGACCAAUGGGAGACCAAACCCAUGUUUCAACACGAGUGAUGGGAACACACGGUUACGCUGCUCCUGAAUAUAUUUUGACUGGCCAUUUAACAGCGAUGAACGAUGUUUACGGGUUUGGAGUAGUGUUACUAGAGAUGCUACUUGGGAGAAGAGUAAUGGACAUGAGGGGGCUUAGCCGAGGACAAAACCUGGUCGAUUGGUCUCGACCACUCUUGAACCAUAACAACAAACUUUUUAAGAUCUUAGACCCUAAGAUGGAAGGUCAAUACUCACCUAGAACUGCAAUGAAGGUAGCCCAUUUGGCUUUUUUAUGCCUCAGCGAAAAUCCGAAAGGCCGACCUGUGAUGAGCCAAGUGGUCAAAUUUCUCGAGAAACAUCAGACAGAAGAUGUCAGCCAUGACAAAACUCCCAACAAGUCCCCUCGGACUCCUGUGAGAAAGAGAAAUCACACGAGAAGUUCAACUCAAAAAGAAAGAUGCAAACAAAGAAUGCAACCUGCAAGAAGAAGCCAAAGUGAAUCUCACAUAGAAACUAAACUUUUUGAGCCUUCGGAUUCUGACGCUGAAGAUAACUUUGAAAAUGUGGCUAAAAUUAUCUAAAGAUGCAUAAAGUUUGGUUUCA